AUGCCCCUGACGGGCAUCGAAAGCAGACGGAUGCAGCAUCUGGGAGCCGGGAAUGACGGUGUGGGAGCCAUGACCCGAGAGCCGCUCAUUGGAGACAUGGCACAAUGGGCUAGUGUCGAGCCUGUGUCGAGCCUGACGGGCAGCGCACGACGGGGGCGGAACAAAACUUCCAGCAGCGCACAGCUCAGCGCUGCUCCGUCAUCGAGGCAGAUCACCCACCUGCAGCCCGCUUCCACAGAGCCUCCGCCUCCCUUCUCCCGCGUCCAUCGCUCGCUGCACCGCGCAUAUGCAUUCGUGAUGUCUCGCGAGUACCAAACACUGCGCCCCGAAUCCCAAUCGUAUCGCUCGCACGACGAGUGCUGCAAGGAUAGGCUCCGGGCUGGGCGACUAAGGUUCGUCACUGGGCCUCUGGUAACUCGUAGCACGAUGUCGCGGGAUGCCCAUCCCGAUGAGCCGGCUCCUUUCCAAUCAUCUCUCACAUUUGCGCCCGAAAUCAUCUCCCACCGAGGCACCGCCCAGCGCCCGCCGCACUGCCGCACACACACAUCCAGCACUCCACGUCGCCGGCCCGUGACUCGUCCACCGCCCCGACGACUCGCAUGCCAGCGAGCAGCAUCCGUGACUCGCAUGAGCACUGCGGCGACGGCGAUGGACCUGGCAGCCGCGCCUUCGCCGCAUGUUCUAUUUCCACAGGCCGUGCAGCACGACAGGGACGCACCUGGCGCCACGCGAGCCGCUACGGUUAGGCUCAUCGGCUUCACAUUAGCGCAUAUUCCUGCAUCCUGGCUCCCUGCGUGUCGCGCGCCUCUGAUUCGCGCGCCUCCUGAGACGAGCGCCGUCCCGGGGAUGCGGUGCGGACGGUUUCUGCCAGCCAGCCUGCAGGACGUCAUCGCUAGGCGCAAUGCCGGUCAUCGUGAAGAGCGUCCAUCCAUCUGGUGGGCGGCCUCACGCGCAGCCCGCUCUGCAUAUAUUCGCUGCAGUCCUGCGUCUGUUGCGCGCGCGGGUCCUGACACUGCUGCUGCAGGAUGUCUUGGAUCCAAGCACACGUCGACCGACCCUGCACGCCCGCACAGGAUUUGCGAGCGGUCACGCGGGGCGAUUUCUCACAAUGAGAUGCACGUCGCACCGCAGCGACCGAAAGAUGGAUGCCGGAGUCGACUAAUGCUACACGGAGACAACGCACAGACUCCCGCCAAGCGACCCCCGAUGCGACCGUUCAUAAACCAGUCCAUCAGUCAGUCAAUCAAAACGAGCAGUCGCCUUCUCGUCGCCCUUCCCUCGCCAUCCGAUCCGCCGUCUGCCUGUGCACGCCAGCCUGUAGACACAUCUAUCGGCGACGCAGGAUGCGAGCGACGUGUCGAACUCGAGCGUGACCAGCUCCUGCCUUGCCGAUGUGCGCUGGCACUGGUUACCGGCCCGCUUGGCCUUCACGAAUUCCACUGUGCCGGGCGGAUUGGAUUGGCCGGCUUGGCCGUGUCGACGUCGUUUGGCAAACUUGACAGGUCAAUCACUCGACGCUGUUGCACCACAUGA